UGUUACCUGGUUGUCAGGGCAAGUUUUGGUUCCUCUAUUUUUGAUUCCUCUGCUUCUAAAAAAGCAAAGGUUUGGAAGAGCUUCUUGCCCCAGGACAGAGUUUAUGCUCUCUGUGAUCAGCUGAAUUAUUGUGGGUCCCCGACUUAUCAAGGGCUUUUUGCAUUGAGGAAGACUCAGCUUUCUGAGAAUGUAUUUGAAGAUGCGUUCUUAGUGCACGUGUUAUUAACUCUUAAGAAAUUUCAGUGGUAGAUGCCUUCAGUUUUCUUCCCUGCUCAUCGUGAGCCCCACCAUCCAGCUGGUUCCCCGCCCCGCCCCCCCCUUGAGCAAUGACAGCUUUGCUUCUUCAGCAUCUGGCAGCUCCCCCUCGCAGGUAAGUGCCACACCUGCUGCCCCAGCAGUCUACAGCCACUCCUUACAUGGUCUCCAGUGUUUGUUUUGCUAGGAAACACCCAGCUCCCUGGUCUGGUGAUGUCAUCCCCACUCCGGUACAGCUUGUUGGUGAUCCAGGCAUCCAGCUGCUACCGUUCCCGGGGGAGACUGCUAGGCUGUGGAAGGGAGGUGAGAAGGUGCUGGCAGCGAAGUUGGAAAUCUCCCUCCUGCUCCGUCCCAGCAUCUGAAAGAGUUAAGGCCAAGAAGGGGACUAAAUUAAUGGUUUUACAGCCCUUGCCCAAGUCUCCAGCAAAAUUAGUUGACCCCCCCCCCCCCCACCCUUUGCGGAGGUCCUACGUCAGUGUCCCUCCCCAGGUGUUAUUUCUUUUCUCUUAAAAAAAAAAAAUAUUUGGCUCCACUGGGUGUCAGUUGCAGCACUUGGGAUCUUCUUUGCUGCAGCAUGUGGGAUCUAGUUCCCUGACCAGGGAUCAAACCCAGGCCCCCUGCAUUGAGAGUGCAGAGUCUUAGCCAGCGGAUCACCAGGGAAGUCCCCCGAGGUGUCAUUUCUGUUAUUAAUUAGUACCUGUACAUGUUUUCGUCUCUUUUUUCUCUAGUGAAAUUCUGUUAGCACACGCCAUGUUAUGAGUGAAGGAAAAAUUCUGCAUUAAAAAAAAAAAAAUCUCUUUAAUGUGAAAAUGAGGGGUAGAAGAGGGAAUAAAAGAUUAGCUUCUUGUGAAUUUAACUUGGCUUUAACAUUCAGUAUUUGGAAACGUCUUAAAGAAAGCAAUUCCUGUUUUAGGAAUCCUUUCUCAACUCCUUGUUAGCCCAGGGAGAUUAGUUUAUACCUUCCAGCCCCAAUGGCUCUCAGUCUCAGCUGCUGUGGAGAAUAAAACGCACCUUGUCCAUCAGUGUUUUCGGCUCCUGGGAUUCAAUUCAAGUCCAGUCAAGUCCCCUUGCCUGGGGUUUUGUCCUGUGAACAGAUGCUCAGUUGUGUCUCAUGUGUCUGCAUUCACUCAUGACUCUCCACUCUCUUGCUCUGAGCAUAGUUAGGUCAGCUCCUAAAAAUGCAUUCAGCGUAAGACUUCAAAACCUCAAUUGCUUCAUUUGUAUGCAAAUAGAAAGUGGGGGAUAAUUAUAUAUUAUACGCCUUUGUGUAAGUUCACUUAAUACUUGAAGCAGUCUUUGUCCCAAAGAAGUGUGCCCUUACUGAGAAAAAGGGUGCAUGAAUGGUACAUUUAUUCUUGGAAAGGGUGGAUUGUUUACAUCAUGUCUGGACUUUUUGUCUAGUUGGGUAGACGGUUCUGCAACACCAGCAGUCCUACAAAAAGAAGUCUCCCUAGAUAAAGAAGCCUACAUAGGCGCUAUUUUGUGUCCUUCUGUACACUUUUGAAUUGUAGCCAAAAGAGAAAUAAGUAUUUGAACUAUAGUUUAACUGUGGAGUAAGAGACUAAUGGUUACACGAGGUUUAAAAUAGCACACUUUAAACUCUUUCUUGUAUGUUGGAGUAUAGCUGAUUAACAAUGUUGUGAUAGUUUCAGGUGGACAGCAAAGGGACUCAGCCAUACAUGUAUCCAUUCUCCCCGAAUCCAGGUAACAGCACAUUUAAUUCUUGAAGAGAACUGGGAAGGGAGAUUUCCAUGUGUUCAACCACUGUAGCUCUGUCCUCACGACAGGUGGAUUAUAAUUAAUCUGACAUGCAGUCUGUCUCUUGUCCUCAGUUCUACGGUUUAUAGUCAGCAGAGCCGAACUAAAAAAAAAAAAAAUACUUCUUAAAAAAAAAAAUACCAGAACAAACUGAGUGCCUAAAGCAGCCAGUAAGAGGGGCUGUGAUAAAGAUGGCCAGGCAGAGAAGUACAGACACCGCAUAGACUAUGAAUGAUAAACAGAAUGAAUUAUACUUGAGAACCUUGUAUAUAUUUCAGUCCUAUGGUUUAACAAUGACAUACUGUAGAAAAUAGAGGAUGCUUUUUGUCAUCCAACAGUCAAAGACAGUACUGUAAAAUUUCUCAGACUCUCUUACUUCUAAAUGGAUGCAUGUGAACUUCAAGCUAUAUAAUGUGUCUCAGCUUCAGUUACUCCAUUGCGACAUUAUUUAGUUGCUAAGUCAGGUCUGACUCUUUGUGACCCCAUGGACUGUAGCCCACUAAGCUCCUCUGUCCAUGGGAUUUUCCCAGGCAAGAAUACUGAAGUGGGUGGCCAUUUCCUUCUCCAGGGGUUCUUCCGGACCCAGGGAUCAAACCCGCGUCUUCUGCAGUGGCAAGCAGAUUCUAUACCACUGAGCCACCUGGGAAGGCCACUCCGUUGGUAUAAAAUACCCCUAAUUGGGUGGUGACUAGAGUCUACAAAGGCUGGAACACAAAACUGCCUUAAGAUAUCCAUAUGAAGGAUGUGAGAGUUAAAGGGUAACAGAAUCAGGGCUCUUUUAGUAGCCUUUUGCAUGUUACUUUGGUGUGGGAUUAGAAUAUAAAUCUCAGCCAUACUUGCCUAUGACUAGGCAGGACACAGCCCUCCAGAUGACCAGGUCUCUGUGGGGAGUAAUUACUCACUGGCUUCCUGCACGCAGCUUGAUAAUGUUCCGCUCCUGUUUUCAACCCGGCUGCAGCGGGGCAAUGAUUUGAUAAUAAGAGAUCCUGAUCAAAUUAGAGAGCCAUUUGGCUUCUGGAUGAUGAUGUUGAUAAAAGGGUUGAUGUCCACACUGCCUUUUUUUUUUUAAAGGUCAAAACAUAGUCUUAACUACAAACUACUACAAAAAGCAGAGGAACGGGGAGCAGAAUAAAGUUUGUGCUUUCUUUUCCCUUCAUUGCUGCAUCUGGGAAAGGGUCUGUUCUUCAUUGGCUGGAAUCCUGACUGGUUCUUUUUACCUUACAUUUGGCAGAGUUGAAAUUGGAAGUGGGUACAUUGCGAAGGUGUCUAUAUGAUGAGUCUCUAAACAGCAACACUGAAUUAGCAUUGAGCACUUGAGAGCUCUUGGUUUUCUGAGCUAGUUCUCACACAAAUGCUUGAAAUUGCAUGUUUUAAGACAAAAAUAAAAAAGCUAAAGUUUUUGCUUUAGUUGGGCAAUCAUAAGUGAAUGUUGUAUGUACAGUGGUUCUUCUUGUCUGAGACUCAAGGAUGGGACUGCUCUUUGUGGAAGUUUGUUAGAAAAGAAUCUGGACCGUAUCCCACCCAGUGUUUAGAAAAGCCAGGCAGGAGGACCGUGAAAUCCCCACUGUGUACCACUUGCUCAACACCUCUAAGGCAGGAGCUUUUGCAGGCAGCCUCAGAGCUGUGUGGGCUGUGAUGGUGACACAGGCAGAGGGUGGGCAAGCCUGCCAGCGCCCCGCCUGGUCUGGACUUGCCUGUGCGCAGCUCCUUGAGAGCUCGGGGACCACGUGGAGAUUGUGAUUGGUCUCUAGACCACACCUAGUUGGUGAGCGCAGCUGCUGGCUGAAAGUCCCUCAGCUCUGCCGACAUCGCUGGAGCGCACACAAGCCUACCUUAGGACAGCAGACGGGAGAGGGACCGUGGAGCUGCCACAGCGCAGGAGUCGUGGAAACUUUGCUGAGUCCUCGGGCCUCCCGUGUAGGGCGAUGCCGACCUCGUCCACCAUCCACGUGCUGCAGCUACUGCGAGAGCUGCUGGCUUUCGUGCUCCUCAGCUACACGGUGCUCAUCGGGGCGCUGCUGCUGGCCGGUUGGACCACCUACUUCCUGGUGCUGAAGUGACAGCGCCGCCGGCCCGGCUCCCUGCCCCUCCCACCUCCCGCCCCGCCCCCGGCCCCAACCGCCUGCCCUCCCGAGCGCUGCUCCGCCUCCGACCUCUGUGAUGACGGACCCGCACGGCCAGCCAACGAGAGAAUUCUCCUGACAACUUGUCCAAACACCUCUCACGACGGCCGACUUCGCCCGGCUUCCUCUAGCCCAGGGUCCGCC